AACCUUACUGUUUGUUACAUUUCAUGUUUUGUGUGUAGGUGGUUUAAUUUUCGCGAAAUAUCGAGUACCUCGACUCAAAAAAAAAAAUGAAUAAAGACGUAGCUUUAUCGAAGGCCGUUCUGGAAAUGAAAUUCAUGAAGAAAACCAAGGAAAAAGUGCUUAAAGACAAAGAAGACGCGGAGAGUAAGGAGAUUUACUCCCACGAGAUAACAGAAGAAAUGAAAAAAGCAAAUAAUAUUAUUUUUCGAGAGGUCAGCUUAACCGUGUGCAAGCAGCUGAUGGACGGACGACUGUCGUUUGGCGGCAUGAACCCCAAAAUCGAGAAGCUAAUGGAAAAUGAUUAUUACAAAGAACUGGGCCAAACGGAGGCGAAGAAAGAAAAGGACAUUACCGACGAGGAAAUGGCGAACCAGUAUUCCACCGUUGUCGACACGGUGAAAAAGAAAUUCCAAACAAAGAAAAGAAAGAAAAACUUUCAGAAACCUGCCACAGAUGAGAGUUUGCUCCCGGAGGGAGGUAACUAGCCCGAUUCCAAAGGUUUCUGUUUUACGAAGGGAGUGUAGCAAAUAAAUUAUGUUGGCCAUGUUACCUGCAGGGUGUGA